CAGUUAGUCUCUGCAGUGAGCAAAUCAGUCUCUCAACUCGGAGUCUGGUGGAACUGCUAAUCCUUUGUCACCAUGAGAGAUUGCUGUUUGGUCCUCUUUGGAACCGUCUUCCUGGUCAUAAUCUUCGAAACAGUUGCUCGCAGGCGAGGAAAGGUCGUGGCCCACUUGAGCAAUGAUGGGCCUACACUGGUUAGAGCGAACGUAACCUUUAAUGUGGUGCUUAAAUUACCUAGAUGUCAAAAAGAGGAUGAUAAUGGUGACAUUGUUUAUGACAUAAACUGCAAAAAUGCAUCUUCAUUCUUUCCUGGUCAAUAUGUAUAUAACUGGAGUUCCUGGAUUGGUGAGUGUGGUUGGUUUAACUGCGCCAAGUUUACCAAAUACAACAUCUUCCCAGAUGGCCGUCCUUUUCCUAGACAAAUGGAUUGGUGGCAUAAGAACUUUGUCUAUGUUUGGCACACACAAGGCCAAUACUAUCAAAAUAUUGGGCGAUCCAGUAUGACCCUCUCUAUCAAUACAACCAACAUCACAUUGGGUGAUCAUAUGAUGGUUGUGUCUGUCUAUCGAAGAGAUCAUCAUGGAAAAAAAUACAUUCCAAUUGCAACAGCAAGUGGCCCAUACACGGUUACAGAUCGUAUUCCAACAUAUGUGCAUAUUUCACAAAAAAACAAUCGCAAUACCACUGAUAGCAUCUACAUCAAGGACCUAGAUGUUAUCUUUGAAGUUAAACUUCAUGAUCCCAGCAAAUAUCUGAAAAAUGCUGCCAUAUCCUAUAGUUGGGAUUUUGGUGAUGGACGUGCUGUUUUAUCAAAAAGUCCAACUGUUCGUCACAAAUACACUAGUUCAGGGAAUUUCAAACCUAAAUUGAUUGUUGAAGCAAUCCUAUCAGUUUCCUGUAGCUCCAUUAUACCAACUACAUUGAGCCCAACUACUGAACAGGGCACUACAACCGAAUUGAGCACUACGGUUAAAUCGAGUACUACCACUGAACAGAGCUCUACAACUGACCAGAGUCCUACCACUGAACAGAGCCCUACCACUGAACAGAGCCCUACAACUGAACGGAGCCCUACCACUGAACAGAGCCCUACCACUGAACAGAGCCCUACAACUGAACAGAGCCCUACAACUGAACAGAACCCCACAACUGAACUGAGCCCUGUGACCAAUGUAGAUGCUACAACUGGAUUCUCAACAAUUGCUUAUACCAAUGGUACAAACGGUCCACUGCAGCUUGAAAAAAGAGAUGUCUCAGGAUUAGCCUGUAACCUUCACAGAUAUGGCUACUUUGAAACAAAUAUCACAGUUGUAGAUGGAAUUGUUGGAGUCAGCAUUGUGGAGGUGACCAGUGUUCAGAUCUCCACAGAACUUCAACAGAACUCCAUUGUGAAUUUUGUUGUCACAUGUAAGGGCAGUAUACCUACUGAUGUGUGCACUAUAAUUGGCGAUAGUUCAUGCAUGGUGCUACAAAACAUGAUCUGUGACCCUGUUGAGGCUGUUGAUACAUGCUAUUUGACCCUUCGUAGACGUUUCAAUGAAUCUGGUAUCUACUGUGUGAAUAUCACAUUAAGGGAUAAUACCAGUUUAGCUGUUGCUAGUACUCUGGUAUCAAUUGAAGGUUCCAGCAGUAAUACAGGUCUGCAUGGUGUCUUAAUACUUGGUGCUUGCCUGGUGAUUCUUAUCAUUGGUGCGGCCUGUUUCCUUUACAAGCGUUACAAAGAAUAUACGCCAAUUGUUAGACGAGUGAGGGACAGAAAUAAACAAUUGGUGGUGAAUAAUGGUGAUGCCACUGUGUACUUCAGUAAACUGAAAAACAAACUCUUCCUUGGGAAUGAUGAGAAGAGCCCAUUACUGAAGAAACCUGGGUUCAUUUAAUCAGAGGUACUCAUCCAAGCAGAAGUGUACUCAGGAACAGUCAGCCUUCUGUCUGAGUACUUGUGUUACUUCAGUAAAUCUUGACGAUAGAAAUAUUAUACUGCUUAGCUCCUCUUUACAAGUGGAUUACAAUAUAAAUUACUUGAAAUCCAGCUUUUCUUCACACUGCUUGAGGGUAUAACUCUGUAUGUGUUUAUAAAUGUUGUAUCAAUUAAGCAACUGUAAAUGUUGGAAGUAAACUUUUUUAAUGCCACUCUAAUUGUGAAAAAAAUUCAUUCCACUCACUACACAUUGACAUUUAUUUUCACCACAGAUAGUGCAGUGAUGGCAAAAUGGCAGUAUGUAAAUCCAUUUGGAUGGAUGGAGACCUGGAUCCACAUACUGGAUUUCUACUGACACCAAAUUGGUUGUGUUAAGAAUCUACACAAAAGGGAUGUUCAUAGAAACCCUCUAGAAGUACUAGCUAUUGAGCUUCUGCAUAUUUGCUUUGAUAUAGGGCCACCUUCUCAAUGAGGUAGUCAUAAAACUAACUUUUCUACUUGCAUCUCUCAGGCUUGUGUCAAAAGUCCUUGAAACAGAUAAUGUCAAAUAAACUAU